AUGGAAGUUGGACGAUCGGCGAAAGCUCGCUGUCAGGCAGCGAUGGUGGCGUGUCUGUCCGAGACUCUCUCUUGUUCUCCACCUAAAAGCGCCAACUAUUCCAGCACUAAGUAUGCUCGUAUUAUUUGGUUUGAACCCCGUCAGACCAUCAAUCAGCGGCAGAGCCUGGAGACCUUUUUGGCGGUAGACCUCAACAGGGGCCCAGUUUCCGCAAGAGCGUUUCGUCAAAAUGACCCGUCGAAGUUACGCACGUACCAAUCAAUUCUCGUUGUUAAGCUCGGCCCUUCGGGAGACCAAAAGGGUCCACCAAACAGUCCAUCAAUCGCAGAACGACCAAUUGAAAUACCGAUCACAAUCCUGUGUGCUUCAGCGCAUUCAGCAUAUCCUUGA